AUGGAAGAAUAAGAAGUUUAGAAUUAGAUACAUUAAUCAAUAUACGUCAUACAUUCGUAUAUCACUAUAAACUAGGCCAUAUUUAUUAUAAUACGAUAUAAAAAAUAGUAAAUAAUUAUUUACAAUUAAAUUAAAAUAUAACUAAUAUGCAAAACAAUAUAUAAGAAAUAUAUACAUAUAAAUUUAUUAUCUGUCAUUCUAAUAUUAAAAAUUAAGAUGUCAAAAUUAAUGGAAUGGCUUUUAUUUGCUACUUUAUUUUUUGGUAUAUGGAUUGCUGCAAUUACUAAAAAUGUUAAUUUAUCUUUUAUCGCAGAGUGGAAACAAGUUGUUCUUUUCUUUCCACUUAUUGUUUUAUUUAUAUGUAGUUUAUAUGCAGCUAUUAUUAUUUUAUAUAGAGUUUUCACAUUUAACAAUUGUGAGCAUGCAGCUAUUGAAUUACAAGAACAAAUAGAAGAAGCUAAAAAAAGAUCUUCAGAAUAAAGGUAUAGUUUUAAAAAAUAAAUGAUAAAUUUUUAUAUUCAAAAUCAAUAUCAUCUGAAUCAAAUAAUGUAAUAAUAUAUAAUUAUCGUAUUUAU